CACAAUUAGAUGCUGGAUUGCUAUGUUCAAAAAUGAAGAAGAAGAAAUUAAAGAUAAUACCUAUUCUGGACAUCCUCACAAAGUAGUGACAUCAGAAAAAAUUUCCAGGAUUGAGGAUCUUGUUAGUGAUGACCUGCAUAUUUUUAUUAAAGAAUUAACUAACAAAGUUGGUAUUUCUCAUGAAAGAAUUUCUUACAUUUUGCAUGAAGAGCUGAAUCUUCAUAAACUCUGUGCAAAAUGGAUUCCUCAUAGACUUUCAGAGGAAUAUAAAUGA